AUGUCCCCUCUGCCAACAUCAGGCGUGGUAGAUUUUGAGAGUGCCUGGGCAGCUGCAGUGAGCGCUCGUAAGCAUGCAGCCUCCGGCGCCGGCCCCGGCGGCCCCGUCUUGCCACCAACCGCCGCGGCCGCCCAUGCCCCGGCUGCUUGCCCCUCCGGCGUCCUGCGCCCGCCCGCACGCUCCGUGUCCACCGCCUCUGAUGAGGACCCUUUGAUGCAGCUGUACGGAAGCUACCUCCGCCAGGGUAGUGCCACCUUCAGCCUCGCGUUCGUCCAGCCUAUUGAUGACGGGACUGACGGCCUUGAGGGCGGAGCCGCCGCGGCCACGGGCUCCGGCAUUGGCGGAGGCCGCGGCCUGCUGCGGCGCGGCAGCUCGCUGAUCGCUGUGGCAGCGGAGUUCGCCACCACUGGUGCAGACGGGCGCCCCGGGCUCGUUGCCGCUCAGAUAGAAUGCGUCAGCGUUGUCAGCGUCGCCCCCGCCGCCGCGUCUCCAGCAUGGGGUGUGCCACCAGCUGCCCGCCUGGGGCCCGCCACGGCCGCGCCUCGCCAACCCGAGCCACAGCCACCGCCCAUGUCCCUGCAGCAGCAUCCGUGGCGACAGCAGUCGUUUGAUCUGAUCGCAGCUGCCAUGCGGCUGCCGAGUGGUGACGUCAUCUUUGACGAGGAGUUUGACGCCGCCACGCUGCUGCCUGAGGACGAGCCACGGCAGCUGCAGCAGCACCAGCCGCAGGAUUCCCCAGCACUGAACAGCAGCGCUAUCGGUCGGUGGCCUGACCAGCCGCCAGCUGAGUGUGCCACGCAGGCGCAGCUGCCGCCCUGGGCGGGGGCAGCGCGGGGCCCGGCAGAUGGCCCGCACGCCCCUUUCAGCCGUGGCCAGAUGCCGCCGCCGCCACCGGUCGCACUGGUGCAAGGAGCUGGCGGCCCCGCGUGGCACCGGCUCAGGCGCGCCAGCUUUGUCGGCGGGGUGCCACCGCCCUUCAUGGCGCUGGCCCCGGGCCAGUUGCAGGGCAGCGGGGGCUCUUGUGCUGGCGGCGGUGGCGGCAGCCUCGGGGGGCCAGUGAUCACCAUCCCCCUGCACACGCGCCUCAGCAGCAUGGGCAGCGCUGACAGCGCUCACGACGCCUUUGCGCCCGGCGGCGCCGGGGCGGGUGCGCACAUGGGGACCCAACUGCUGCGCGGCAGCUCGUCCUUUGAGCAACUGCAGUAUCACCAUAGCCUGCAGCAGCAGUACGCGCUAUACCAUCAGCGUUCUAUGCACUUUCAGCAGCAGCCAAGGCAGCAGCAACACCA